AUGUCAACAUCAUCAGUCCCAAGUUUAACUUAUUUCCAAGGUCGUGGAUUAGGUCAAUUCUCUCGUGUUUUAUUAAGUUAUCUUGGAAUUCCAUAUGAAAAUAUUACAGUUACUGAAAUUUCAGAUGCCCUUCGUGCAACUCUUCCAUAUGGUCAAUUACCAAUUUAUCGUGAUGGUGAUUUUGUUCUUACACAAUCAUCUACCAUUGCAAGAUACAUUGCCAAAAAACACAACUUUAUGGGUAAAAAUCUUGAAGAAGAAUUUUUAGUUGAUCAAAUUGUUACUGCAAUUCACGCUGAUAUUUUCCCAGCUUUUAAUAAUCCAGUUCCAGAAAAACUCCAAAAACUUUAUGAAAAAUACUUUGGUUCAUUUGAAAAGAAAUUACAAGAAACUGGAUUCUUAGUUGGAUCAUCAGUUACAUUAGCUGAUUUAUAUGUUUAUGUUGGUUUUGAUUACAUUAGAUUCAGAGGGGAAGCAGCCUUAUCCAGUGAAUUAUCAGAUGAAAAGUAUCCAAAAAUCGCUGAAUUAAAGAAAUUUUUUGAAUCAAAUGAAGGUGUAGCAAAAUAUAUUAAAGAAAGACCAGAAACUAAAUUUUAA